AUGGCUCUUAGUGAAGGAUUUUGCCUUGGGAAUUCUUCUUCUUCUACCAAAAACAAUAAUGUUGUGCAACCAAAAUUCUACAAGAUAAUAUUGUUCCAAGAUGAAUGCAUCCGUCUGAGGAUUCCGAAAGGCUUUGUCAAAAGAUGUUGCAACAACAUUUUAAACCCUGUGUAUCUUGAGGUUCCCAGUGGACAAGUAUGGGAGGUUGAAGUGCAACAUUCUCAAGGUCAAAUUUGGCUUACCAAAGGAUGGCAGGAUUUCUGUGACUAUUAUUCGAUAAGCUGUGGACACUUUUUGAUGUUCGGAUACAAUGCUCGUUCCCAUUUUAAUGUCACUAUAUUUGAUUUGAGUGCAGCAGAAAUUGAAUAUCCAUAUAGUUCACGCAUUUUCCAUUGCCAUGAAACACACCAUGCACCAAAAACUGACUUGUCCGAGUCGGAUUAUUCUAUUGAUAUCCUAGAGGAUAUUCCAAGAAGCCAAAAAUUGAAAGAAAAAGUUCCUGAUAUGGUUGAUCAUUCUGUUGAAAACCUAGGCGAUGGACAGUUCGCCAAAAGGAAAUGGCACGAAGAUGAUGUAGCUUCAUCUUCUUUCACAAGAGAGGGCCAAAGUGAGGAUCUUUUUGGCUAUGACCUGAAUUGA